CGACGUGUCAGAAAACCCUAAAACCUUAACAGUUCAACCACCAUCGUCGUUCCAAACGGAGAGCUCCGCUCUGAGGAGAAGAUCAGCAUCACAGAAAUGAUCCGAUUCGCGAGACCAAAACCUAAAAUCGAGCUAGUGGGUUACAAUCUUCUUCAGAAAUGCUACGCAAGUGGAACCCCUAAAGGAAAAGCUAAGCUGAAGACAGGUCAACCACUGAAGCGCAACAAACUCACAAUCAAGAAAGGCGGCGGAAGCGGCGGCGGAGGAGGUGGUGAGGAAGCGGGAAAAGGAAAAGGAAGAAUCUCAGAUGAGAAUCAGAAGCUAUACGACCAAUGCAUAAACGCUCCUUGCCCUGUUCGUUACCUAAGACCCAAGGAUAUAGAACGAGAGGCGAAACGAGAGAAGCUAGGGUUGAUCAGUAAGGCGAGACAACGAGAGAUUGAGAUUCAGAAGAAAAGUGGAUAUAAAAUGGGAGUUAUUACUAUUACCACUGAGCCGAUUAGGAUUGGGACUCCGGGAUUGGAUUACAUUUCGUUAGGGAUUUUUACGGAAGAUGAGUUGCCUAAGUAUAAAGUUACGGUAGAGGAUGGGAAGAGACUUGCUAAAGAGUAUAGUAGAGUGCUUAUGAGAGAGCAUAGGGCGAAACGUGUGGCGGAGACUAAUUUGUUGAAGUUGAGGGAAGCUGCUGUUGAGGCAUUGCCUGAACAUUUGAAGAAGGCUGCUUUAGAGCGUGAUUUGACUCCGUUUUAUACAGCCCCAUCUUCCAAGCCGCGGUUGCUGCCAUACAUCCAAAACACAACAAUAUUAAGAUUGGAAUUUACACAGAAGAUAGAGAUACAUGUGUGAUCAGAGGAAGCUGAGUACCUGCCCAAUACCAGCGAUCAGAAACUGACCAGAUUUGGCAAAAGCUAAAGAGUUGACAAA